AUGACGGAUUCAUCCCCGCCAGAGGAGGCCCACGACAAGGCGUGGGAGAAAGCUGAGCGCCAAUUCUCUCAUAAAACUGCAAGCCAGUUUUACGACCCUUGCCAAGAUUUUGCGGAUCGGAGUCUGAAAUGCCUGAAGCGCAAUGGCUAUGACCGUGAGAUGUGUGGGGACUAUUUCCAGUAUGCCGCUUCUUCCUAUCACUUUGAAGAGAUCGUGAAGCCCCCGUUUCAGCUGACCUUGUGUGGCAUGCUUGUGUUUGACACUGACGAUUGA